AUGGCUACAUUACGCGCAGCUAUGAAGCCCUCAGUCGUCAUUGUUCCUGGCAACUUUAGUCUCCCUCGCUUCUGGAGCACCAUCCAGCAAUCAGUCCAAGCCAAGGGAUACCCCGUCGAAGUUGUCGGGUUAAAAUCGUCGCGGGAAAAAACUAUCGAUCCCGCACCUGGUUUAGCUGACGAUGUUGAAGAGGCUUCAUCAGUUCUUAACAAGCACAUCGAUCAAGGAAAAGAUGUUGUGCUGCUUAUGCAUUCGUAUGGAGGAAUGGUAGGUACCGAGGCUACUCGUGGCAUGAGUCGCUUUGAACGCGAGAAAGCUGGUCUGAAAGGCGGGAUAAUUCGCCUAGUAUUCCUAGCUUCCAUCUUUGCGCCGCCAGGCAAAAGCACAAGGGGAUUAUAUGAGGCAAACCCGGGUCGCUAUCCCCGUCGAGAGGGUGAUUACCUUGUCUGUGAUGAGGAUACAGCAAUGUGUUUUUACAGUGAACUCACCAAAGAGCAAGGGCUGCCGUUAGCUCAAGCUGCUUCCAAAAUACACCAGGCUGUGCGCGUAUUCGGCGACGAACAGACAUACGACGGUUUCCACAAGCUUAUCCCUUCGAGUUGGAUACUCACUAAGAAGGAUGUGUUGGUACCAGAGGCUGCGCAGAGAAUAUUUAUUGCUCGGCUUGAGGAACAGGGAGACCGGAGCGUACCUGUGUUUGAGCUGGAUAUAGGUCAUUCGCCUCAUCAAACAAAUCCGUCACUGUUAAUGGGAACUCUAGAGAGGAUACUUGAGCAAGAAUCUUAA